UAAAUGGGAAACAAACGUAAUGUGACUGAAUUCAUUCUUUUGGGUCUUACAAAGAACCCAGAGCUGCGGAAAAUAUUCUUUGCUGUGUUUCUAAUCAUGUAUGUGGCCACCGUAUUGGGAAACCUAUUCAUUGUGAUAACUCUGACUGCUAGUCCAAGUCUGAGGUCACCGAUGUAUUUUUUCCUUACUUCCUUGUCAGUCAUGGAUACUAUCUAUUCUUCUGUCAUUGCCCCCAAAAUGAUUGUGGAUUCCCUCUCUGAAAGCACUACCAUCUCCCUGGAAGGCUGCAUGACCCAGCUCUUUGGAGAACAUUUCUUUGGUGGAGUGUCCAUCAUCCUUCUCAUUGUGAUGGCCUAUGACCGCUAUGUGGCAAUCUGUAAGCCCCUGCACUACAUGACCAUCAUGAGUCCUCGGAUGUGUUGCCUACUGAUAGGAGGGGCCUGUCUAGGAGGAUUUUCACAUGCAAUGAUACAGCUCCUUUUCAUGUACCAAAUACCUUUCUGUGGUUCCAAUGUCAUCGAUCACUUCAUAUGUGAUUUGUUUCAAUUGUUGACACUGGCCUGCAUGGACACUUAUGUCCUGGGUCUCUUGGUCAUCCUCAACAGUGGGGUGAUGUGUGUUGCCAUCUUCCUAAUCCUCAUUGUCUCCUACAUAGUCAUCCUCUGCUCCUUGAAGUCUUACAGCUCUGAAGGGCGGCACAAAGCCCUCUCCACCUGUGGUUCCCACCUUAUGGUGAUUGUCUUGUUCUUUGUCCCAUGUAUUUUCUUGUACGUAAGACCUGUGGCCACAUAUCCCAUAGACAAAGUGAUGGCUGUAUCAGAUGCCAUCGUCACACCCAUGUUAAAUCCCUUGAUCUACACCCUGAGGAAUGCAGAAGUCAAAAUUGCCAUGAAGAAACUUUGGAAGCAUCUUCUGAUGCUUAGUGAUAAAAAAUAA